UUCAGGUUGCAUUUCUUCGGGUUACGGACCUGCCGAAACCUGGAAGUACUGGAACGGGUUACUUCCAGGUUUUGGCGGUCGCGCAUGUGCAGAAGCAGCGAAUCGCAAGCUGCGCGUGUGCAGAUGCGCCGCUGCGGGUUGUGAACGUGCAUCCAGCACGGCCCACGUUCGCAACCCAAGCGUCCAGGCUUUAAUAAAGAUCAGGCUUCCUAGUUGCUUUUAUUCUCAAUAUUCUCUGGUUGGUCUGUUAUUUUCUCCUACCAAUAGAGAACCUACAAAAGGACUCUAUAUGGGCUCUUGGAUACCCUAUAAGGGAAAAGGAGCAGUUUUUUUCUCAUCUUGUGUAUCUUGUGGGCUUUUUUUAUUGAUAAUUUAUAUACUACUUAAUUACAAUAAUCUCUAAGUAACUGAAUACAAGAGAGAUAAAAAUCAGUUAAAACUAUAAAAUUAGAAUACAGUUAAACUGUCUGCUGGGAUAAAAAAAGGUCUUAAGCAUUCACCAGAAAUUCAAAAGAGAGGGUGUAGAAUCUUAGAAAUAUAUUUCUAGUCUGUAUGUAACAUAACUACAGUCAUACCUUGGGUUACAGAUGCUUCAGGUUGCGUUUUUUCGGGUUACGGAUGCGCCAAAACCCGGAAGUACUGGAACGGGUUACUUCCGGGUUCCGGCAGUCGCGCAUGCGCAGAAGCGCUAAAUCUCACUUUGCUCAAAAGUGCUGAAUCUCAACCCGCGCGUGUGCAGACGUGGCACCACGGGUUGCGAACACUGCAGGUUGCGAACGUGCCUGCCGCAAGGAUCACGUUUGCAACCCGAGCGUCCACUGUAAUGCCAUUUGCUUCUGUAAACAGAAAUGCUUGCUGAAAGAUAUUGCCUGCUUUUUCAUAUGUGUCAAAGGAAGUUAGUGGAAAGUUUUCAGAUACCCUUUGAAGCUCCUCCCUGUUUUUGUAUCCUGCAAUCCAUCAAGUGCUUGAAGUAAUUCAGUCCCUGCUUUGUUUCGCCACUAAUGGCCUUUUCUUUCUGUGCUCGCCAAAGGAAUGUAACAGAUAAGGGGCCUGAAUUAUAAGGUGUGAAGGAGUUUCCCUAUGUCUGGUUUUCUCAGGUCUUGAUAAUAGCCAGGAGGCUCCUGAGAAGGAGGGAGGAGGAGGAGGAAAGGCAGGGACAGGGUCUACAUUUAUCUGGGAGUUCCAUAAAAUUGGAAACCUGAGUUUGCUGCUUCCUUUUCUUCGUGUGUGUAUAUGAUUUUGGUUAUAUCUUUCUGCAUGUAAUUUUCUUUAUAUAAAUAAAUAAGGGUGCAGUCCUAUAAUGCUUCUUUGAAAAUAACUUGUUGAAUAGUAGAAAUUGUGAUGCACAAGUAGAUGUUUAGAUGUGUAUUGUGGGCAUAUGUAGGUUUACAAUCCCCUAGGUAUCAAGGUUAGUUUCAUACAUCACAUUCAUAAGGAGUAGGCCUACAAUAUUCUACCUAGUGCACAUUUCAAGUUGUGUGGAUUGCAUAGGUGUAAUGUUGUAUGUGUUUUGGCCAUAUAGGGCACGUAUGGCAGUUUUAACUUGGGAGCAAUUUAAAAAUUCAAUAUGGUGUUUACAGAAUUAAAGAACUGGAUGAAAUGCAAAGAACAAGGAAACCUCAAUACAACGAUUAGGAAGCCCUUUCCUACAUUAUAUAUUUUCAUGCCUAUCUUUAGCAUGUGGUGCACAACUGAGUUUGUAUAUUGUUUGCCCUUAAAUUUGGCACCAUAGCUAUAAUUGAUUAGGAAACAAUAAGCCCUGAACUACAACAUCUUAAUAGUUGACUCUGUUCAGACAGAUCUCUGAAGCAAAAUAUCCAGAACUGCCUAGAAGCCUUUGCUGUUUUUCUCAAGCAACAUGAAUUGGUCACAGAUGAAUGAAGACUUGAGCUUCAGAAAACUAAUAAAUGGUUCAGAAUGUCCAGAAAUUCUCAAAUAUGACUUUAAUAAAAAUGGGGAGCUUAGGCAUAUGGAUACCAAUGAACCUUUUGUUUAUGAUUAUCAAGAUUCAGAUAAUGCUAAUCACCGACAUUAUCAAUUUCUUGGAUGCUUAAUUACGCAGUAUGUUUUCGAGCUCCUGGAAAAGAAAUGCAAACUGCAAAAGGUUUACAUCCCAACAGAUGCUCCAGACAAUGACCUCUGCAGUUUUUUUUUCAUGAGUGAGAAUGCCUUAACUAAUUGCUCAACUCUUGUCAUCCUUCUUCAAGACAAGGGACCUUUUCAUGCAGGUCAGUGGGGACGAAAAGUCAUCGUUCAUGAGGGCCUCCAACACGGAUCUCAAAUACCAUUCAUCAUAAAGGCUCUGCAGUGUUCUUGGGGAGUGAUUGUUUUAAAUCCCAAUGAUAACUUCAUUGAACUGAAGACAGAACAAGAAUGCUUAAGCCUGUCUGAGAAAAAAGACUCCACAUGUCCACUACAAUUACCCUUGACAGUCCCAAAGAGAGAGAGCAGUAGUCCUGAAGAGCAUACAAGCUACGUUUGGGACCAUUUCAUUUCAAAGAGCAAAGCGGAAAAGGUGGCUUUCAUUGCCCAUGGCUAUGGAGGUUUGGUUUUCAUCGACCUCCUCAUGCAGAGAACUUCAGAGGUAAUGAACAAAGUAGGUGCAGUUGCACUUAUUGACUCCGCACACCACACACCGCACCAGACACAAGGCAUUUCCCAGGUGCAGGCCUGGAUAUGGAAACAUUGCCGAGAGUGGGUAUCACACAGUGAACCUUUAGAUAAGUCAAUAGGCUUUAUGGUGAAAGUGGAUUGCCCUACAGUCUCCACAGGAACUGAAAAUUAUAGCCUGGCUCCUUCCUCUAGUCUACAGUCCAUUUUCAAUUAUCUUAAGAAUGCACUGAAAAUCUUCACCAAACAACCGUUCAAUCGUUCACCUAUUCUUACAAGGAGCAAAUCAAUGAAAACAAGUUAAGCAUCUGUUAUUCAUAACCAUUUUUUCUUCUAAUAGAAGUUUUGUACUAGCUUCGAUGCUUAAGCUUAUCGUUGAGGUAAAAGUACUUUAUCUAAAUAUGGAGCAUACCAUUACCAGUUUAAUAUUUGUUGUCCCAUUUCCAUUUCUGAAGCUUUAUGUGAAUGUAAAUGUAACAACUGUUCCUUGUUUCUGGCAAAACUUCCUUCCUUCCUUUGAAAAGUCUGGGGUUUAAUCUGAAUAAAUCACUGUAUACAUUGCAA